AUGGCCAAUGAUGUUGAUAGUGUUGAUUACUCGGAAUACCUUGGCAACUCUUUUACAAGGAUUGGUUCUGAACUAGAAGAAGAUAAUCUGGUUGAUCUUCCAGGCCCUCUGAUGGAGCUUCAAAAGGAGAUUUUACAGUCCUGGUAUUUCUCCGACUACCCUCCAGAGGACUUUUAUGAUUGUCUUUUCCUUUUCUUCUCUUGUUCAGAUUAUGAAAAACCAGGAUGGCCUGAAAAUAAAGAUGCCUGUUCUAAUUUGUUUAAUUAUUGUUUUACAUACAUUAAUAAAACAUCAUCAUCAUCAUCUGAAAAAAAUACGUUCUCCACCACUAAGAUUCCAGGAUCUGCUGUGUUUGUUACUGGUAAACCCAGCACCUCUUCAACAUCAUCUGCAACAUCAUCAACAACUACAGGGUCCACUUCAACAUCAGGGAGCACUUCUACUCAAUCUACAACUUCAGUUACUGCUCAAGCUUCAUCAACUGGUUCUACAACAGCAUCAACAAGCACUACUACUACAGUGGCUACUGCUGUAACUGGAACUUCUGAGUUAACAACUUCUGCUGCUGUAGCUACUACUCAAGAAGCUAUCACUGAUGAAGUUACAACUGCGGUAUCUGAAACUUCUGAAACAACGGGGGAAGCUGAAACUUCUCAAACUACUGAGGAAGCUGAGACUUCUCAAACUACUGACCAAGCUGAAAUUUCUGAAACCACUGACGUAGUUGAAACUUCUGAAACUACUGGCGAAGAUGAAACUUCUGAAACGACUACCCAAUUUGUUGAAAUUAUUGAAAUUUCCACUGCUGUAGCUACUACAGAAGAAGAAAAUGCAAUAACCACUAAUUCUAAUAAAUUAGAAUGGAUUGAUGGAGGUGUAACAACCCCGGAACCUGCUCCCGUGGAUCCUGUAUUUCCUAUCACUAUCGUUGAGAUCGGCGGUGAAGGCCCUGAAAUUCCUUCCCCUCCUGUUGGGGCUGAAGUAGAGAGUGCUAAUAUUGUUGGAUUGCUACCAUUACCUACUCCUCCCACCACCUCUCCUCCUACUUCUCCAUCUACAACUGUGUCUUCAACACCAGCCCCACCUUCACCUCCUUCUAUUGUUCCAACAUUCAGUCCAGCUCCGCCAGGGUCCACCACCACAACAACUACUACAACAACAACUACAACAGCUUUGACUACUUCACCUCCGCUUGUUCAAAGACAGGAAUUAGGUUCCUGCGAUGAUCUCCAAACUCUAGAUGGAAAGACUGAGAGUGGGGUUUACAGCAUCUUUGUGGCGGGCAAGACUAUCCAAGUCUACUGUGAUAUGGAAAAAGAUGGCGGCGGCUGGACAGUGGUCCAGAGAAGGGGGGAUAAUGGAAAUCCUGAAGAUUAUUUCUACAGAAACUGGACCGAAUACAAGUUUGGAUUCGGAGAUCUUACACAGGAUCAUUGGGUCGGAUUACACUAUUGGAACAACAUUACACUCUCAAAGAGUCAGCAGCUGUUGAUUACACUCAAGGAUUUUGACGAUAAUUCUACUGAAAUUAUUGUUAAUAAACUUAUCAUUGGCGUAGAGAACUUCAAGUACCGUGUUAUAUUUGAUACAGCUGAUGGAGAGUUCGCUGACAGUUUCCCAAGAAAAGGAACUAAGUUUAGUACAAUAGAUAAUGAUAACGAUGCUUGGAAAAACAACUGUGCAGACAGAUUCAAAGGUGCCUGGUGGUACAGUGCUUGCCAUAAUUCAAAUCUGAAUGGCUUAUAUCUUAGAGGCGAACAUGAAACCUUUGGAAAUGGUGUGAAUUGGUAUGAUUGGAAGGGUUAUCAUUAUUCCCUCAAGUUUACUGAAAUGAAGAUUCGACCAAUGAACAAAGCGUACACGCUUCCGCCAUUCGUUGCAGGACCAAAACCCCCACCCCCUCCACCCAGUGACACCGUGGAGCAAUGAAAAAAAGAAAAAAUUGUAUUUGCAAAGUGUUAUUUAUUCAAUUUGUAUUUUGUACCAGGAAUCUCGAAAUAAAGUAUUUUACUACAUUU